GAACUGCCUCAGAGAAGAUGUUUAAAUCACUGACAGUGAAAUUCAACAAAGUGAAGCCCAUGGGAGGGAACAGCGAGAAAGAAGCCUGCUCUCACUUGAGCAGUCAGUCUCAGACAUCCACAGCACAGGAAGAAAACAAAAGUGAAAAAGAAUCUCUGAGGACCAGAAGGACACCAGCUGCAUUUGAAAAAUCACACAACAAAGAACAAGACAACACCACUGAGGAAAUAUCCCUCAGGGAUUUCACCACAAAUACUGACCCAGAGUAUCCAGCAGAACUCACCAGAACAAUGUCAGAGAUGGAGCAAACCAGGACUAGGAAAGAAAAGCCUGUCAGUUUCAAGAACAAAGUGCUUGAUGCAUCAAUCAUAAAUGGAUAUGCUGAUGCCCAGCUACACAACCUAGUGGAGAAAAUGCGGGAAAGGACUGCUUUCUACAAGAGAACACUGACAGAGGAAGAGAACGCCCCCUCACUCGAAGCCAGCUCCCACACUGUGAAGUCUACAGAUGCAUCACCAACACAAGAGAACAAUUCUAAGCUAAAAGAACACCACCAUAGCACAUUGCCAUGCAAACUCCAGAGAGUACCUGCAAAAGAGUACUUACGAAGACUAAGACUUCCUACAAGCAUAGACUCAUAUACAGAUCGGGUCUACCUGCUGUGGCUCCUGCUUGUCACCGUUGCCUAUAACUGGAACUGUUGGCUGCUACCUGUGCGCCUUGUCUUUCCAUACCAGACACCGUACAAUAAGCACUACUGGAUUAUUACUGACAUCAUAUGUGAUAUCAUCUACCUUGGUGAUAUAUUAUUUAUCCAGCCAAGACUCCAAUUCAUAAGAGGAGGAGAAGUUAUUGUAGAUUCAGAUGAGCUGCAGAGACACUACAGGAGUUCCACAAAGUUUCAGAUGGAUGUGGCAUCUCUCAUACCAUUUGAAGUUCUCUACAUAUUCUUUGGAUUUAAUCCAAUAUUUAGAGCAAAUCGGAUAUUAAAGUACACUUCAUUCUUUGAGUUUAAUCAUCACCUGGAGUCUAUAAUGGACAAAGCAUAUGUCUACAGAGUCAUUCGGACAACUGGCUACUUGCUGUUUCUUCUGCAUCUUAAUGCUUGUGUUUACUAUUGGGCUUCCGACUACGAGGGAAUUGGCACAACUAAAUGGGUCUAUGAUGGUGAAGGAAACAAGUAUCUGAGAUGUUAUUAUUGGGCAGUUCGAACACUAAUUACUAUCGGGGGCCUUCCAGAGCCACAGACUUCAUUUGAAAUUGUUUUCCAACUUGUGAAUUUUUUUUCUGGAGUUUUUGUGUUUUCCACCUUAAUUGGUCAGAUGCGUGAUGUAAUUGGGGCAGCAACAGCCAAUCAGAACAGCUUCCACGUCUGCAUGGACCAUAUCAUUGCCUACAUGAACAAAUACUCUAUUCCUAAGAGUGUGCAGUAUCGAGUUCGGACUUGGUUGGAAUAUACAUGGAGCUCACAAAGAAUACUAGAUGAGUCCAAGUUGCUUGAGAACCUACCAACAGCAAUGCAGUUAUCUCUCGCCAUUGACACAAACUUCAGCAUCAUCAACAAAGUAGAGUUGUUCAAGGGCUGUGACACACAGAUGAUUUAUGACCUGCUGCUAAGAUUGAAACCCACUAUUUAUUUACCUGGUGACUUGGUCUGCAAAAAGGGAGAAAUUGGAAAAGAAAUGUACAUCAUCAAGCAUGGAGAAGUCCAAGUUCUUGGAGGCCCUGAUGGUGCUCAAGUUCUGGUUACUCUAAAAGCUGGAGCAGUGUUUGGAGAAAUCAGCCUUCUGGCAAAAGGAGGAGGCAACCGCCGAACUGCUGACGUGGCAGCCCAUGGCUUUGCCCAUCUUUUAACUCUGGACAAAAAGACUCUCCAAGAAAUUCUGCUGCAUUAUCCAGCUUCCAAAAAGCUCCUCAUGAAGAAAGCCAGAGUCCUUUUAAGCCAGAAAGAAAAGACACAGGCAGUCCCUCCAAGAACAGGACCUACCUUCCUUUUCCCACCAAAAGAAGAGACACCCAAAAUGCUCAAAGCUCUCCUGGGAAACACAGGAAAGGCAGGCCUUAGAAGAUUCCUCAAAGGAAAGAGAGAACAAAGCACUCAGAAAAAAGGUGAAAAUUCCAAAGGAAGAGAGGGGGAAGGAAAAGAAUAUGAAGACAAAGGAACAGAGCCAGCAGAAAAAGCACUGGGCAGGUCCAAGUGCAGAGGAAGUUCUAUUACAAGGGAGGAAAUGCCUCAGGUGAUUAAAAAGGCAGUGCUACCUUGGGGACCUGGCUCUCAGUCACUCACCAUCAGCUUGGUUCCUGCAACUGAGACUGGGGAAGAAGUUCUGACUAUUGAAGUCAAAGAACAGAAUAAGUAA